AUGUCAGGCACCAAUCAAUCGCAUAUCAACUCUAUUCAAGAGAAGGUCUGGGAAGGCAAACUUCCCUUGGAGAUUGUCCUAGCUCCUUCAGAAUGCCGGACCUAUGACCAGUCCGAGCCUUACCUAAUACUGUAUCCUCGAGUGUCAUAUCUGCCUUUCUUAUUACCGAAACUUCAUGCUUUUUUCCGAGCAUCCCUGAUCCACCCAGAGAGCGAGCCUCAUUCUGGAUGGUUCUCAUUCGAAGGUGUCCCUCUGAAAUGGCACUAUCCUUUGGGCUUGCUCUACGAUCUCUACGCCGGGGCUGAACCUAUUUCACAAUCCUCGACGAGCGACUACAAUAACCUAACACAGUCAGUGAUCCUCGCUGGCGUCAAAAAUACUCCGUCCCAUAGUGAAAUGGAAAGUGACCCUUCUAAUUCGAACCGAUUACCGUGGAGACUCACGUUACACUUCGAGAACUGGCCCGAUGAGGAUCUCGUACGACUUGAUGCAGACGGACUCGUCAUGCAUGAUGCUUUUAUCAACAGCGUGAAAGAAGCAGAUUCGCUUCGUAUCCGGGAAGCAAAGGGAAUCAUGACCUUGUCUAAAGAGGACACAGCUGGGUUUUGGGCAGCUAUUCAGAAUCAUGACCUUACUUCCUAUCGAAGAAUCAUCAACCUUCUUCUCCCAUCACUGCCCCAGCCAUUCCGUCAAAUCCCUCUGCGAAUCUUCCUCCCCUUACCACCUGAUACGGAUCGACCAGCCCUCAAAGUUGUCCAAUCACCUAUCUCUCCUUUAAUCCAAUCAUCAACCAGCACAGGCUCAUCAGCAGGGMGGACGCAACCCCAGACGGUUGGGUCAGCUCUACAUUCUCUAUUACCAAACCUUUUCCCCAGUCGACGAAUACCGGUUUUGGCAAAGCCAAUCUUGCACGGUGUAGUACUGCCCAUGUCCGCGCUUUUGGAGGAAGUUGCGCGUAGCGCUGCGUAUGGAGAUGGAUGGGUUUCUAUUGUUAUAAGCAUGGUUGGGUAG